ACACCAAGAAAAAACCGUAAACGGAAGUGAACAAUACUUUCCAAGUUAGCGUUUUAUUGUUGUAUUUAGAUGUUUAUUAACACCCUAGAACUCAACAUAUGACUAAAUUAACUGCACAGCAUCACAUCCUUACCCAAGUUAGUGUUUAAUUGCGUUGGAAACAGGACUUAAAUUAUAGGUUUUAUAUAAGUAAAGCUAGCUAGCGGUUAACGCUAACAAUGGCUAACUGUAUGGUUUUUCACACUCAAAUAGCCUCCAUUAUGGAGGUGCUAGCGAAUGCAGCCGUGGCAGACAUCUGUAAACUCGUAGACGACGACUAUGCAGUGUUUCGUUUGGAAAUAACUCAAAGCCAGAAAGAAAACGGGGCACUGAGGAGGAAACUACAGCUACUGGAAAUGAAGGUGGCACGGGAGCGCGCAGAGAGGACAACGAUGCGAGAGCGCAUCGUCCCAGGGAGUACUACGAGUAGUGUCAAGAUCUUGGACCGAUACAGAGGAAUGGCAAGAGGUGAAGGACAUCUCACUGGAGGCCACAGGAUCUCUGUGAAGCCAGCAGGACACAAUACAUGGAGAGAUGACCAACCAAUCACUGUUGAUGAGGGGAGUGGAAUCUCAACCCAGCAUGUUAUCAUGAUAGAGUCUGCAGAUGCAGAAGCUGCUGGUCCUGGGGUCAAGCUGGAGAGGUCUGAAGGAGAGGAUGACCCACGACACAGCAGAGACAUCCAGACUGGAGCGCCCCCUGUAGCCACGGAUGAUUCCACCAUUUCCCCAGCGCAGCACAGGACCCGACGUAGCAUCACGGAGGUCAGUGGAACGCCGAACACCGUACUCAAGUCAGAGACCGACACAGAGACUUUAAUGGGGCUGGGGCAACUGGGCUGUCCUGCUCCCCGCUCUGAGAAUUUACUUUACGGUAACCCGAGCCCGGUUCUAUCCCAUCAGGACUCAGGUGAUGCAUUACAGACUGGCAAUGAUCCGUCCUGUUCAUACGCUACAGAGACUGAGAUGAUACCUGGUGACACAUCUGUGGACUUAGAUACACAGACUAAUCCAAUGAGAGGUGACUGGAACCGGUACAGUAGUAGUGUAUACUCUGAAGGGUGCCUAAAUAAGAAACGGGAGGUUAUAGUCUUAGAUGACAUGAUUGUGAAAGUGGAGGACGACACUCCUCUGACAUGGAAUGCAAACGAAACUCACUUAGGAGGACACUCGCAGGGCAACACCAGUGACUUCUUAGACUACAGGGAAAGCUUAGAGACAAAUUCAAAUGUCGCAACCCACUCCCCUUUACAUGCAUUCAGGGAUCACGACACAGUGUCUACGUCAAUGGGGCCUUCCGAUUCACAUGGCCGGGUCCUUUUCGAUCAGGUAUUGAACUCAAACGACAGGGCUAGAGCCAAGGCUCAGGGAGGGCGAGCCACAUCAGGCAAUAGUAAAGAGAAACGGUUCCUCUGCAUGUUCUGUCACAAAGGCUUCAGUUGCCUCCAGAAGGUGGAGAGUCACCAGAGGGUCCACACAGGGGAGAAAUCCUUCAGCUGUACCCAGUGUGAGAAGAGGUUCUCCCACCAGCACCACCUGAAGAGGCACCAGAGGGUCCACACAGGGGAGAAACCCUACAGCUGCCCCCAGUGUGAGAAGAGGUUCUCCCGCCAGGACCAGCUGAAGAUGCACCUGAAGGUCCACACGGGAGAAAGGCCAUUCGCCUGUACACACUGCGGGAAAAGGUUCUCAGAGAGGAGCUACCUUAGGACACACCAGCAGAAAAACCAUUCCACUCUAUAACAUAGAAAAUAACCAUUCCACUCGAUAGCUUCUGACAUUUAGAUCAAACCCUGCAUUAAAGACAAAAGAUUCAUUUUCAUUGUCGCCAUCAGAAAAGAUUCACAGAUGCAUUUGGAAUAACAAGAGUAACAGAUUUCAGUGUUGAAUGUUCCUCGGUAGAAUAUUGCAUCCAGACAUUGUGAUAUAUACACUGCUCAAAAAAAUAAAGGGAACACUAAAAUAACACAUCCUAGAUCUGAAUGAAUUAAAUAUUUUUAUUAAAUACUUUUGUCU